CGCGAUUAAACUAAGAUUUGAAGUGAAAUAUAUUUCCAAUGCAAAAGUUUGAGAAAUAAUAAUAAAAAUACGGAAAAUGGCUUAUUAUAGGCGUUGGAGAUAUGCAGCGUUCUUAGGCGGAUUCGUCGGUUUGCUAGGACUGACUUUAUACCCUAUCGCUAUAAGCCCAAUGAUAGACCCAUCGGAAUACAAAAAGAUUCAAAAGGAAACCAGAAAGAAUAUAAGGCAAGAGGAUAUCCAACCAGGAAAUAUGAAAGUCUGGUCAGAUCCAUUUGACCGUAAAAAGCCUCAAAAUGAAUAAAUUAUGUAGGAUUAUUAAAUAGUUAAUGUAUUGAAAUAAAUUUAAUUAGUUGUUUUUAAAAUAAAAAAUACAUAAAAUUC